AGCCUCGGAUGUCUUUUUUGACUGAAACAAACCAUAUUCAGGAGCACUCUUACAGUUCUUUCUCUAAGUUCUUUCGUCUUUUUGAGCUUUAACACGUAUUAUUUUGAAACAGAGGGAGGCAAUAUGGUAGCCAUCUAGAGUCUGAGCGUUGCCCGGGAAACACCAGAGCUUGGUUUCUUAGGUGGAAAAAAACUGAAGCCGGACUGGAGGAUAUCUCCCCGCCUCGGGUAUCCCAGAUUUGAUUCGCCGACAUGGGGGUAUCUUCCCCUGCUACUACAGAGGAGUAGGUGAACUGAGACUCCGAUCCUAGCGUGGAAGAGAAAGGCCAGGAGCACGAAGGCAGGAGGAGUUCUUCCUUUAAGGUGACUGGGUUUUUUGUGAAAUUGUAAAUGUACCACGGAAGUUACAAUUAAUUUGAGAAGAAUGGAAGAAGGCCAACUAGAAGGCUCAAAUCUUCCAGCAAAAGUCUGGCAUUCUGAGGUGACAGUGUCAGUAAUAGGCGAGCCACCCAGUUCUGUAGAAGAAGAAAAAGAAACAGCUGAAGAAACAGACAGAGAAGUCAUCCCAGAAAUCAUAGAGCCACUCUCCAUUCUAGAUGUGCUGAGGAUCUCUGCAGUUCUGGAAGAUACCACAGACCAGCUCUCUAUUCUAAACUAUAUCAUGCCAGUUCAGUAUGAAGGAAGACAAAGCAUCAGCAUGAAGAAAAACAAGAGCUUAGAAAAACUUCCAGAGGCCUCAAGACCCUUAAGAAUAACCAGUCCAUUCUUACCUAAAGAAGAAACCAAGUUGCCAGAAAUCCAAAAAGGAAGCCAAUUUACCAACGAGUUUAACAAAAUGCAAGAUCUUGUCUUCAAAACACCUACAAGACAGACCCUAAUGUCUGUGGAGAUACUGAAGAAAGUUCAGAUUGAUAGGCAAUUUCUCAGUGAUAUAAUUACAGAUACCAUGCAGGAGUUGGAAGAGUCAGGCACUUUCACUAGUCUCAAGAAAGCCCUGGGCAAAGAGAGGGAAAACAAAAUGCAUUUCUAUGAUGUCAUUGCCAGGGAGGAAAAGGGAAAAAAACAGAUAAGAUCUCUUCAAAAACAGCUACUUAAUGUCAAAAGAGAACGGCAAGCUGAAGUGCAGAGUCGGAAUGAAUAUAUUGCUCACCUCAGGGACCAGUUGCAAGAGAUGAAGGCAAAAACCAACAUGGAAAAUCGCUAUAUGAAGAAAAACACUGAGCUGCAGAUCUCCCAGACCCAGAAGAAAUGUAACAGAACUGAGGAGCUUUUGCUGGAAGAGAUAGAGAAACUGAGGUUGAAAACUGAAGAAGAGAACAGGAUUCAUCUGGAGAUUGAAACGUUCCUUAGAAAAGAGCAGCAGAAACUUGAGGAAAAGCUAGAGUUCUGGAUGGAGAAAUUUGAUAAGGACACGGAAAUGAAACAGAAUGAACUAAAUGCUCUCAAAGCUGCUAAGGCCAAUGACUUAGCACACCUUCAAGAACUUGCGAGGACGAUAAGGGAAUAUGAACAGGUCAUCAUCGAAGAUCGGUUAGAAAAGGAGAAGACCAGGAAGAAGAGAGAACAGGAUGACUUGGAAUUGAAGAGCAUCAUAAAGCUCCAGGCCUGGUGGCGAGGCACUAUGGUACGGAGGGAAAUUGGUGGCUUCAGACUGCCUAAGAAGGAGAAAGAUGAUGGCAAGGAUUCUAAACGUAAAGGCAAAGACAAGGACAAGCGGAGAGGCAAGAAAAAGUGACAGAGUUCUCAUCUCUUCCUCUGGUCUUCUGGCGAUGGGGAGGACUUGGAGGAAGAAACAUUUUAGCAGCACAGACAACUUGUAUCUACAGGUCGUUUCUUAUUUGAGCAUUCCCGGGCGCUGCCUGUUCUCUCCCAUUGCCGUUGUAUUAGUUUUCAAACCCUGAAUUAGGACUAUACCAUCAACUUAGGGCUUCUUCGUAUUUUGAAAAACUUCCACUGGGAAGAAAUAUUUCUAGGAGCCUUGUGAAGAUUCCUGUUGCUUUUUCUUACCAGAAAAAAGUUCAUGGGCUUAUUAGUUGUGAUGCAUUAAAACAUCAGUAAUUUCUGUAAUGUCUCCAAUUCUGUAUUUUGACUACAGUGAAAAAACUCUUGAGCAAAAGUCAAGUGUUCAUUCAGAACUACAAGAUGAUGUUUAUAAAGUGUGUGGCAGAAUACAGACACUGUAAGGUCCAAAUGUUGGUUCCUUCCUGCCUUUUAGGUUAGUAUCACCCAAGUGUUUUGUUGGGGUGGCGGGGGCAUGGAAUACGUAUCUUAAGUUGCUUCAGCUCU